UUCGAGCAUCACAAACACGACGCUAGAGCGGUACCAGCGAACGGGCUAAAGCCGAUCCGGGGAACGAAAACGAUUUCUUAUCAGAAAGCGCAAACCAGUGAAACGAAGACAGAAUUGACAAUCGAUGCUACCAUGUACGUUCAGCUGAGAAAUCGUUUACGUCCUGGUGAUAACGACCGCACUCAAACCAAAUGCCCCCCUUUUUGUUGACGCGAUUCAAUGUCGAUCCGUGUCCGGAGAUCUUCGUCAGUCAAUCGCGAACAGUAAUCCGGUAAGGUUCAUAAGGGCUGCUUAAAAGAUGAAGUACAGCUACGCAGGCAUACUCGUGGGCAUAGCCCUGAAUGCGCUCGUUUCAUACGAGACGGCGGAUGCAGUGCUCUGCAUAUGCCAUCCAAGCAGCUGCGUUUUAAUCAACGCGAACAAUUCCGUAAUGAGCACGCCCGAGAAGUACUGCAUCGCGAACAUCGCGAACAUCAAAGAUAUGCUGAUGUUGCGCUACAACGAAACUACGCUUCCGGUCGAUAUUCUCGGAUCGUACACCAAUCUGAGCACGAUCGAGAUAUUUCAUGGAUCGCUUCAACACAUCAAACCGGGAGCAUUUGAGAAACUGCCGACGCUGAUCAAGCUGGACAUCCGUGGCAACGAUAUCAGAGCGCUCGAGGACUACACCUUCCGCGGAAUGGACGCGCUAGAGAUACUUGAUCUGAAUUCGAACAACUUGUCAAGCAUCGCACCGAACGCCUUUGAUGGUCUGAAGAGUCUAGUUCGUGUGGUACUGUCGGGCAAUCAUAUUACUCAGCUACCAGCGAAGUUGUUUAGCUCUUCACCGAUGUUGCGAUCGAUCGCGCUGAACAACAACUUACUCACAGAGCUACCGGUCGGGAUCUUCGACAACAUAGAGCAACUCAUCCGGCUAGAUCUAUCGCACAAUCGGUUGAAAUCGUUUUACUUCCCUGACCUAAAGGUGCUGCUGCUGUUUCUACGUAACAACACACUGACGAGCCUAUUUAUCGGUGACCAUGCGAAGUUUGUGCAGGCGAAUCAGAACCGAAUUGAAGCGAUAAUGGGCACCGGUCUCAAUAUUACCGAUCUGGUGCUCACCGAUAAUGCCAUCACGGAUGUACGGCCAAUUACGCGCAUGAUCAACCUGUCCAAGCUUAGCCUCAGCAAUAACCCUCUGCGACCGGACAGUGUUUUUGCCUCUUUGGAAAAACUGCAAGAACUGCUGCUUAGCAACACAAGCAUCCAAAUAGGCGAAAACACGUUCGCCAAUCUCCGAUCGAUGACGCUGCUAGAUCUGUCCUUCAACAAUCUGACGGAGCUCGAUUUCCGAAUGUUCUCCGCCAUGAACGAGCUUGAGUCCCUGAUUGUGGCGUACAACCGCAUAGAGGUGAUCAACUUUAUCGAACUGCGUGAAUACUUGCCCGAACUGCGCGUGCUGGAAAUUUGCGGUAAUGGCUGGAAUUCGACCUACCUGCAUCGCAUAUUGUACCAAAUGCAUCGCUACAAGCUGCAGGCAGACAUGCAAGGACUCGCGCACUCCUUCAUCUUCUCGUCCCUUUUCGUCGAAUUGUGUUCUACGAAUUCGGAAACAUCCACCAAAGCGUCGCCGGAGUAUAGUGACUACUCCUCGGAAAACGUUAGUGAUAUACUCGAUCAGGAGAUUGCGGAAUUCUAUCAUACCACAUCUCAGAGCCCCGUUACAACGGUGAAGAAGACGGAGAAACCUACCCAAAUAUCUACGACGAUCAAAACAACAACCGUAGCUCGGGAGAAUUCCGUUGCUGAACCAACGGUUGCCGUUAGAAUGAACACUGUUAGCAGUAUGCCAUCCGCGGCUGAAGUUACUCCCGCCGAUCAGCAACCGGUGGUGGGAUCAUCGCCACUGUACAUCACAUUCCAGGUGUUAGUGUAUACCUUCUCCGUGUUCGGUGUAGUUUGCCUGGCAGUGCUCGGGUACUAUGUGCGCCAACGACGGUUCGAUGUACGUCGACUAACUCCCGUCGAAACUACCGAUUCUGUGCGACUAAUGUAAAACCGUGUGCUUGGUGGUUUGUCGUUGCGUUGUCAUGCGAUUGUUCUGAGUGGCAUAUUUAGCCUCCAUUUUCUGUUUUGUUUUGAUAUGUCUGCACCACUACGCGAUAAGCUUCCGACAAAUUAAUGCGGCUCCAUUCGCAUAGAACACGGGCAAUUCGUUACGGAUCAUAAGAGAUGAAUGCGAGAUUUCCAUUUUUGUUUCUUCCUAUCACCGCAACGGUUCAUGUGAAAGCUUGUUUCCUGAUGAAUGUAUGCUUGAUUCCUUAUUAAUUAAUGAUCUAUCUUUCUGGCGCAAUUCGGUACUCCAUUCCAAAGAACCUGGGAAACUACUACGGGCGUAAAUUUUCAUCGGUACAUUUUUAAUGGUUGUUAACAUAUCAAUAAAGCUACAGUGUAUGGUGAUUUCCUUGAUAAAAGUGCGUUCUUUAAUUGUAAAUCAAGAAUUUUUCAAACGUAGUAGAAAUGGAUUUAAAGGAUUGUUUUUUUGAGAAUGG